AUGAGAUGUUGUCUCAGGUUCGGUUCAAUAACAAAGCUACCAGACAAUGUUGGUGAGCUACAACAUCUACAGACACUGGAUGUGCGAGGCACCAUUAUCAAAGAACUACCACGAACUAUCUCAAAACUUCAACAGCUGGCACGUUUAUAUGUUGAUUGGGAUGCUAGGUUUCCAGACGGAAUUAUUGGGAAGAUGCUUAGCUUGGAAGAGCUGAGGCAGUAUGGAGUUGUAUCCUAUGAGCAAGGGCAGUCCCUACAACAAUUCAGCAAACUCACCAAGCUGAGGACACUAAAAAUUAAAUGGAGUUUUGAGUUACCAGAUGGCUCAGAAGGAAGAAGCCAAGCCGAGCGCAUUCACAGUUAUUCCUGUAGCAUCCGCAAGCUCUGCUUUAGAAGACAUCUCAUCUAUAGGGUGCCAAAUUGGAUGGGCUCACUUGGAAAUCUCAGUGUGCUAGAACUGACGAUCAUCUGUGUGAGACCAGAAGAUGUUGAGAUCCUUGGAGAAAUACCCAGUUUGCUUUUUCUCAACCUAGUAACUGCCGGAGGCACUAGCGGAAGGAUCGUCUUCCCUGGAAACAACAGAUUCAGAAGUCUGAAAUAUUUCUCCCUGUGUAUCAGUUUGUGUGGGACCUCUCUAGAGUUUGGAGCGGGUUCAAUGUCAAAGCUUGAGCACGUGAAGCUUGAGUUUCGUGCACAUGAGAUGGAGUGUUUGAAUGGUGCUUCUAGUUUGGGCAUCCAGCACCUCUCAUCUCUCAACAAGGUUGAGAUCGAAAUUCGUAGCAACAGGCGUGUGUAUGAUGGAAUCUACAAUCCAGCAGACGAUGAUCAUGAUGACACUGUCCGAUGUAUUUCAAGAGCCAUUACUGCUGCCAUCGAGACACUUCCCAACCGUCCCACUCUCAGGUUCGAAACAGGACAUGCCAACUGCAAACAUUUCGAGUCCGAUGAGACAGAUAAAAAUGAAGAAGAGGAGCAGACUGACAAGGAGGAAGAGACCGGUGAAAACGAAGUGGCACAACAAGAGGAGAGUGGUGGCAACAAUUAG